AUGGGAAAGAAGAUGAAGGCGAAAAUCAGUCUCAGGGACAGCACGAUGGAUUUUUUAAAACGAAUAGAAAUAUUCCUUCGUACCGGUGAUGUUGAGGAUGAAAAUCAAAUCAAAUUCCGACUGGAAAAACUUGAAGCCAAGUGGGAUGAGUUCGAAAACAUUCAAGGAGAGAUAGAAUGCUCGGAGGAAGAUGAUGAAAACGUAGAAAUAAAUCGCCAGGUUCGGGCGGAAUUCGAAGAAAAAUAUUUUCAAGUGAGGGCGGGUUUGACAAGCAAAAUUCCACGACUAGCAUCUCAACAAGAAAGUACGAAUGCUCAAUCGUCUACGAGUUCGGAUAAUGUGCAAUCGUACGUGCGAUUACCGCAAAUAAAUUUGCCUGAGUUCGACGGUAAUUUCGAAAAUUGGCUUCCUUUCCACGAUACAUUUAAGGCACUGAUAGACUCAUCACCAGAAUUGAGCAACAUACAAAAAUUUCAUUAUUUACGUGCUUCCCUGAAAGGUGAAGCAUUCAAAUUAAUCGAUUGCUACCAGAUGAGUGAAGUCAAUUAUCGUGUGGCGUGGAAUGGCUUAGUAGCAAGAUUUUCAAAUGUCUAUUUAUUGAAAAAACGACACCUGAAUGCCAUAUUGGAAUAUCCAAAGGUAAAAAGACAGUCUGCUACAUCGAUUCAUGAUAUUAUCGACUGCUUCGACCGAAACACGAAAAUACUAGAUCAGUUGGGAGAGAAAACAAUCGGAUGGGGUGCGAUGCUGACGCAUUUAAUGGUUUCUAAACUCGAUGAAACGACACAAAAACAAUGGGAAGAACAAGCCACACUGCAUGAAGAUCCUCUGUUCUCGCACCUCGUUGAAUUUUUGAAAAGACAAACGCGAAUACUAGAUGCAGUGAUAGUCGAUCAAACUGUUGCUGUUCCAGCGAAUUCAUUCCAGCAAAAUUCAUCUUCGUGGAACGACACGAGAAAUCGUCCAAUGAGAAUGUCAGUCAAUUCUGCAGUCGAAAAUGUCGGUCUAUCGUGUAUUAUAUGUAACGAAAAACAUUCUGUACUAAGAUGUCCUGAUUUUAACAAUUUAUCUAUAGAACAACGCUUAAAGAUAACGAACUUAAAACGACUCUGCAGCAAUUGUUUAGGGCGCAAUCAUAUCGCUCGGGAUUGCCCGUCCAGAUACCGAUGUAGGACGUGUUCCAAGAAGCACCAUACGUUACUACAUCCUGGGUUUCCGUCAGCCAAUUUCUCGUCCAAUGCUUCCUCGGAGUCAUCUGGUACCGUUGUUAUGCAGUCAACUUCCGGUUUUUUUACAAAUCCAAACGAGACAUCUUCAACGUCGAUGACUGCAACAUCUUCAAAUAUGGUGGAAGGCAGUACUGAAAAACACGUCUUUUUACUUACUGUUAUAUUGAAAGUGAAGGAUUGUUGGGGAAGAACGCAUUUAGCUAGAGCUUUGUUAGAUUGUGGCUCGCAAGCCAAUCUUAUGUCGGAGAAACUAUGCACGCUUUUGAACCUACCACGAUACGACAAGAAAGUCGAAAUUAGCGGAAUCGGACGAUCACGCCAACAAGCGGUGCAUCAAGUUUCCACGACGAUAGCUUCCCGAACAACGGAAUUUACAAUGCCAAUGAAUUUCUUGGUUUUAGGACAUGUUACGGAUGAUCACCCUUCUGCAUCGAUUUACUUGUCAAACAUGAAGGUUCCAUCCGGCAUAGAAUUAGCCGAUCCAAAUUUCAGCGUUUCCGGUCCUAUUGAUAUUGUGUUGGGCUCCCAGUAUUUUUACGAUUAUCAUCUACUUAAUGGUGGCCGGUGCCAGAUUCAUCGAAUUGGAGAUAAUUUACCUGUAUUCGUGAACACAGUUUUCGGCUGGAUUGCUGCUGGAGAAACAGAAUGGAAAACGAAAAAUAAUAAAGUUACGUGCAAUAUUGGAACUGUUAAUAAUCUGCACGAAGUUAUUGAAAGGUUUUGGAACGUCGAAGAGCUUCAAGACAAGACGCCACGAACACAAGAAGAGGAGGACUGCGAAAUUCACUUUCGAAAUACUAUUAAUCGAGACAGUAACGGUCGCUACGUGGCACAAUACCCUAAACGGAUCGAUUUUCAAAAUAUGCUUGGCGAAUCUAAAUCCUUCGCCUUGAAACGAUUGUAUCAAUUGGAAAGACGGUUAGACGGGAAUUGUGAUUUGCGCAAAAAAUAUAACGAGUUCAUCCAGGAAUAUAUAUGCAUGAAACACAUGACACAUGUCGGUAAGCUGGAUGAGUUACCCUCAAGGCAAGAUCAAGUUGUUUGCUAUUUGCCCCACCAUCCAGUGCUAAAGGAAUCGAGUUCUACAACUAAACUACGUGUUGUAUUCGAUGGAUCAGCGAAAACAUCUAAAAAUUUUUCUCUCAAUGAAGCACUGCUCACCGGUCCUGUAAUACAAGAUGAUCUUUUAGUACUUAUGCUUCGUUUUCGUAAACAUGCCGUUGCCCUUGUUGCGGACGUGGAGAAAAUGUACAGGCAAAUCAAAAUACAUCCCACCGAUGCUUCGUUACAAAGAAUACUUUGGAGAUUUAGUUCGUCCGACCCUGUUCAAGUCUAUGAAUUACAAACGGUCACAUAUGGUUUAUCCCCAUCAUCAUUCAUUGCCACUCGAGUACUUCAACAAUUGGCGACGGAUGUAGGAAAGAGGUACAAACGGGCUGCGGGUGUGGUAACCGAAGAUUUCUAUAUGGAUGAUUUACUAUCCGGAGCCGAAACAAUCGACGAAGCUAAACAUUUGCGUUACGAAAUUCAAACGUUACUCGCAGAAGGCGGAUUCCAGCUACGAAAAUGGAGCUCUAACUGUCAGGAAGUUCUGGCUGAUAUGUCUUCGGGAGAGUUACAAACAACGACUACCUUAUAUUUCGAAAACGAAUCAAAAGUAAAAACCCUUGGAGUUGCAUGGGAAACAAAAACGGAUCAGUUUUGUAUCGAUAUACAGCCAAAUGUGAAUGAUGGCUACUGGACUAAACGUAAAAUAUUCUCAUCAAUUGCUCAAUUAUAUGAUCCUCUUGGCUUGGUAUCUCCCGUUGUUACUUGGGCGAAAAUACGUAUGCAACGUCUGUGGCUAGCCUCUCUUGAAUGGGACGAACGAGUACCUGACGAAAUUGAAAUACAUUGGAAGGAGUUCAGUAAUCAGCUGUCGCUUUUGCGAAUGUUUAAAGUACCCCGUUUCGUAUUUUUACAAAAUUCCGUGGAAACUCAAUUUCAUGUGUUUUGCGACGCUUCAGAAUCAGCCUACGGUACUUGUAUAUACGCUCGCUCAAUGAACGUUACUGGAAAAGUUAAGACCGAAUUGAUUACCUCGAAAUCACGAGUUGCACCUCUGAAAAGAAUCAGCUUACCACGUUUGGAGCUUUGUGCUGCACUAUUGGGUGCCAAGCUCUACCAUAAAACUGCAUGCGCAUUACGAAUGAAGGACACUCCGUGUUGGUUAUGGUCGGACUCUAUAGUCACUCUAUACUGGAUUCGAGCACCAUCAAAUACUUGGCAGACCUUUAUCGGGAACCGUACUGCCGAAAUUCAGCGGCUUACAAGCGGUAAAAGCUGGAAACAUAUUAAAGGAACUGAUAAUCCUGCUGAUGUCGUUUCUCGUGGAAUGUUGCCGUCAGAAUUUAUGAAAAGCACAAUGUGGCUCCACGGUCCGGAUUGGCUCCGUGAAGAAGAGGAAAGGUGGCCUAAGAACACGCAAUUGAUUCCGCCCUCUGAAGAAAUCCUGGAACGAAAACGAACGGUGAUGGUUGCUCAAGUUGUCCUGAAACCAUUUUUUCUGUUUGAGCGGUAUUCCAAUUUCCAGCGUUUGCUCAGAAUAACAGCAUAUAUAUUACGCUUUUUAAACUGUUGCCGAAGCAAGCAAAGAAAGUCACAUGAAGAAUUUCUCUCAGCGAUGGAGUUGGUACAAGCCAAGGAAUGCUUAGUGAGGUCAGCCCAGUAUGAAGCCUUCGCUGAUGAAAAGAGAGCACUGGAAUAUAAAAGACCUCUGUCAAUGAAAUCUAAUUUGAAACACUUACUACCUUUCGUCGAUGAUAGAGGAGUCUUGCGUGUCGGUGGAAGAUUGGCGCAAUCCACAGAGAGCUACAAAACUAAACACCCUAUGAUAUUACCAGAUAAGCAUCCAUUAUCUCGCAUGACUUUGUCUGCAAUGCGACAAGAAUUCUGGCCCAUACGUGGAAAAUUACUCGUACAUUACGUUUGUCGAAAUUGUCAAAAUUGUUUCCGAUUGAAUCCUGUUCCUGUAACACAACCCGUCGGCCAGUUGCCCACUUCACGCGUAGUUCCAAGCCGUCCAUUCGCAAUUACUGGUGUUGAUUAUUGCGGUCCAGUAUACCUGAAGCCAGUCCAUCGUCGUGCCGCUCCGAAAAAAGCAUUUAUCGCUAUAUUCAUUUGCUUCAGUUCAAAAGCAGUUCAUAUAGAAUUAGUAUCCGAUUUAUCAACAAAUGCAUUUAUCGCUGCCCUGCGCCGCUUCAUCGCUCGCCGUGGGCUGCCAAACGAGAUCCACUCAGAUAAUGGAACCAAUUUUCGAGGUGCCAACAAUGCUCUUGCAGAUCUUUACCACCUUCUGAACCGUAAAUCGAGUCAAGAGAUCUUUUUUAACGAAUGUGGCGCGAAAGGAAUAACCUGGAAGUUUAUCCCACCAAGAGCACCCAGCUUUGGAGGCCUGUGGGAAGCGGCCGUGAAAACUGCAAAAAGUACAAUGGUCAAAACAAUUGGGAACUCCAAGUUAUCAUAUGAAGAUUUUGUUACUGUUCUGACACAAAUUGAAGCGAACAUGAAUACGCGUCCGCUUACCCCACUCUCCGAGGAUCCUUCCGAGUUAGAUGUUUUAACCCCUGGACAUUUCCUCACGGGAUCGUCGCUCGCAGCCUUACCAGAUCCGGACUAUUCGAACAUUCCUUUGAAUCGUCUCAAACAUUAUCAACAGCUGCAACAACUAGUUCAAAACCACUGGAAAAGGUGGAAAAAGGAAUACUUAACCGAAGUGAAUAAUCAGCGAAAAAAGACAUCGAUACCAGUUAGCCUUCGGAUUGGUCAAAUGGUUCUGUUGCAGGAAGAUAACAAAUCGUCCAUCGCUUGGCCUCUCGCGAGAAUCGUCGCAGUGCAUCCAGGAGAAGACAAUAUCAUCCGGGUGGUCACCGUCAAAACAGCAAACGGAAUUUAUAAAAGACCAACCUCACGAAUUUUUCCGUUGCCUUCAGAUGAAUCAAUCGGUGUACAGGAAUCUGUGCAAUAA